ACGUGGUCACGUGACCUAACGCAGCUGUCAGAAUAGCAUAAAACCCGGAAGUGGGCUGCUACCGGUGAGAGCGAGAGGGACACGCUGUGUGAGGUUGCUGCAGGUAUGUGACUCGGUUUUACGCUUUUACUGAUUAACUAAGCCUUCUAAACUGACAUGUAAUAAUGUUGAACUGUAGGAGCCGACUACCGGAGCCGUGGGUCGUCCCGCGGGAGUGUUUGAGUGUGAUUUAUCUGCGGAAUUGGUGAGUUGCAUUUGUGUAGCUUUACGUAGCCUAGCCGCUGCAUUCGUUUUGAAUGGAGCUGUUAGCAUCUACUUAUAUGCCGGUUUCUCUGAAUAUAGUAACACAUUGAAUGAAAUGUUAUCACUGUUAAACAAUUGUCUGAUUGUCCUUGGGUUGUUUUACUUGCUGAUGGUUAUCAGUGCUAUGCAUCCAAGGCACUUUAUGAAGCAGUCCAGUUAACCACUGUGUCUGCUAGCACUCUAUUUGUGGAUGCAGUGUUUUUUUUUUAUUUUGAUACUAUUAGAGAAAUGAAUAUUUCAAUAUAACAAUUAUUAUAUUAUUUAUUCUAAUUGGAUUAUGAAUUAUUGUACAGUAUUAAGGAAUAUACUUUGCUAUUUGAAUACAGUUGUAUUAUUUAGUAUUUAGUAUUUGAAUGUAUUUUCUUUUGUGUGCACACUGGAAAUUUGACUGGUCCUGCCCUUUUAUACAGGCCAGGUUGGAUGGCGAGCUUAGAACCCAAACUAGAGUCUGAAGUUUUAUGCCUGGAACCGAACCAACCAACUGAACUGAAUCCACCCAACCGAGCCCCGGGCGGAAUACGCUUGAAAAAGAUGCCGUCUAUCAGGGAGACACUACAGGAUAUGGGAGUUUCGGUGGAGCAGGUGUUGACUGAGCUUGCCCAGAUGAACUCACAAGACCUAAGCAAUGGAACUGUUCCCACACCUCUUACCAACUAUUUGGAUACUCAGUACUACGGGGAAAUCAGCAUCGGCUCCCCGGCUCAGAUAUUUAACGUGGUAUUCGACACGGGGUCAGCUAACCUGUGGGUGCCCUCACAAAGUUGCUCUCCUUUCUCCACGGCCUGCUUCACUCAUAAUAGGUAUGAUGCCUCCCUGUCACGCACCUACAUGGAAAACGGAACAGGAUUUUCUAUCCAGUAUGCUUCAGGAAACGUCAGGGGAUUCCUUAGUGAGGAUGUAGUUGUGGUUGGUGGCAUUCCUGUGAUCCAAGUGUUUGCUGAAGCAACCACGCUGUCUGCCAUGCCCUUCAUCUUUGCUAAGUUUGACGGAGUCCUGGGGAUGGGCUACCCAAAUGUGGCCAUCGAUGGCAUCACUCCAGUGUUUGAUCGCAUCAUGUCUCAACAUGUCCUCAGGGAGGAGGUGUUCUCUAUCUAUUACAGCAGGGACCCCCAACAUUCCCCAGGUGGAGAGCUAGUCCUGGGCGGCACAGACCCAAACUACUACACUGGAAACUUUAAUUACAUGGAGACCAAAGAAAUGGGCAAAUGGGAAGUCAUGAUGAAAGGUGUUUCUGUGGGGACAGAAAUGAUCUUCUGCGCAGAGGGCUGCACAGCUGUGAUAGACACGGGCUCCUCCUACAUCACUGGCCCGGCCUCCUCCGUCUCUGUGUUGAUGAAAAUUAUUGGAGCCCAGCAGGACGAAAGUGGGUACAAAGUCAACUGUGACACAGUGAAGACGUUGCCAAGUAUCACUUUCCAUCUGGGUGGCCGUGAGUACUCACUUACCCAGGAGGAUUACAUUAUAUGGCAAUCCCAGAUGGAGGGGGAUGUCUGCAUUGUCACCUUCAGGGGCUUGGAUGUACCACCCCCUACAGGUCCCAUUUGGAUUUUGGGAGCCAACUUCAUCGCUCGCUACUACACAGAAUUUGACCGUCGCAAUAAUCGGAUAGGCUUUGCUGUAGCAGUCUGAUGCUCUUUUGGUUUUUGCGGUUCAUAAAUGCAACAUAUUAAGGAAUCGUCUGCCAUCGUCCUUUGCUUCUUUGAAUUUCUGCUUUCCUGAACUGCCAAGCUUUGUUUCAUUCAGAAUGUUUACAUGCACUAAAACAGACAGAUUCCCCUCCAUUUUUUACACUUCUAUAAGAAGUCAGUCAUUAGUGUAGUGCACGGUAUCUACGAAACACUAGAGGCCAAAUUUGGUGAUUUGAAGGAAAAUGCUACACAAUAGCUGUCACUGGUUGUAGCCAUCUAUUCAAAUGGAUAACAUUGAUUUCCACAGCUCUUACAUGGUAAGCUUUUAAUGUGUUUAAAUGACAUUUCAACACAUAUACAAAUUCCCAGUGUGAAUGAUUAAAAAAUAUAUAUAUUUUCACAAUGCUUUGAAUUAUUAUUACAUGUCAAUGAUGUUGUCCAAAUUGUUGUAUAUGGGAAUUCCAUUCUUACUUCACUUAAUACGUUUGACAAAGCAAGCGAUUGCACUGUACUUUUUGGAUGUUCCUCUCAUUCAGUUAAAUAUAUUUAUUGAGAGGCAUUGAAUAUGUUAUGUUAUGUUGUGUACUUAUCAUAGACUGACAAAAUAAACAGAUAAUAUUUUAAGUCUAUUUUUCUUCAAUUUUGAAUACAAAAAAAAUAAGUUUUGGGCAUUGAAGUACAGCUGUUCACUCAGUAGUAUUUGUGCUCAGUCACCAUGUCACGUAUUGAAACUGGCUUUUUCUAAAAAAUUCUACUAUGUAGUAAACAGGUAGGUUUUUAUUUUGCUCAUUUACCGUCAAAAUAUUGAAUUGUUUCAGCUGCUGUAGCAUUAAUUUGUCUCCUUGUUGGUGUAAACAUCACACUUUUC